AUGUCUAAAGAUCCUAUUAAGGUCGGCUUCGUAGGCCUCUCAUCCCAGCCAGCGUGGUCGUGGUCCGUCGCGGCGCAUCUACCUUACUUCGCCACGACGUCCAACUACAAGAUCGUCGCGCUCCAAAACUCCUCCACCGAGACUGCAAAGAAAGCCGCUCGCAUCCAUAAUCUCGGAGAAGACAUUGCAGCCUACGGAGACAUCCAGUCCACCGUCUCGGACCCGAACACCGACCUCGUCGCCGUCUGCCUCAAGGUCCCGGCGCACCUGCCCAUCAUCGAAGCGGCCCUCAAAGCCGGCAAGGCCGUCUUCUCCGAGUGGCCCCUCGCACGCAACGUCGCUGAGGCCGAGUAA